AUGCUGAGAGAUGAGACUGGGGAAACAGGCAGCAGCCAAAUCAUGAAAGCCCUAUAUGUCAUGCUAAGGCAGAUGGACUUUCUUCGGCAGGCAAUAAGGAAGCUGGCUUGCUUUGAGCUGGAGGUCAAAGUGGUUGAUGUGGUGGCAGCAGAAAAAGGUAGCGGUGGCGGUGGUGCGGCCGGAGGGGGAGGUGGCGGGACCGGAGGGGGAGGCGGAGGCGGCAGCGGGACCCUGGUAGUUCCCAUCCCGGGACCGACUCUUUUCGGUCAGCCGUUCUCCAACGGGCCGCAGUGGAACCCAGGGAGCCUGCAACCUCCACACACAGUGAGGAGCCUGGACCGGGCCCUGGAGGAGGCGGGCAACUCCGGCGUCCUGAGCCUCAGUGGUCGGAAACUCCGAGACUUCCCGGGCAGUGGCUACGACCUGACGGACACCACCCAAGCAGAUCUUUCCAGAAAUCGCUUUACAGAAAUUCCUUCUGAUGUCUGGUUAUUUGCACCUCUUGAGACAUUAAAUUUAUAUCAUAAUUGCAUCAAAACCAUUCCUGAAGCCAUUAAAAGCUUGCAGAUGUUAACAUACCUUAACAUUAGUCGAAAUCUUUUAUCAACAUUGCCAAAAUACCUAUUUGAUCUCCCCCUUAAAGUUUUGGUCGUCAGUAAUAAUAAACUGGUAUCCAUUCCAGAAGAAAUUGGGAAGUUAAAAGAUUUAAUGGAAUUGGAUAUUAGCUGUAAUGAGAUUCAGGUCCUUCCUCAACAAAUGGGAAAGUUACAUUCACUUAGAGAGCUAAACAUAAGAAGAAAUAAUCUUCAUGUUUUGCCAGAUGAAUUAGGAGAUCUUCCCUUAGUCAAGCUGGAUUUUUCUUGUAAUAAAGUGGCUGAAAUUCCAGUUUGUUACAGGAAGCUGCAUCAUUUACAAGUAAUAAUUUUGGAUAACAAUCCAUUGCAAGUACCGCCAGCACAGAUAUGUUUAAAGGGGAAAGUACACAUAUUUAAGUACUUAAAUAUCCAGGCAUGUUGCAGAAUGGAUAAGAAACCAGAUUCCCUGGAUCUUCCAUCAUUGAGUAAAAGAAUGCCCUCCCGGCCUCUCACAGACAGUAUGGAAGAUUUUUAUCCCAAUAAAAAUCAUGGCCCUGACUCUGGAAUUGGAAGUGACAAUGGAGAGAAACGAUUAUCUACAACAGAACCAUCAGAUGAUGAUACAAUUAGCCUUCACUCUCAAGUCUCAGAAUCCAAUAGAGAGCAAUCAUCAAAAAAUGACAGUCACACAGUGGGAAGUAAGCCUGAUUCUCAAAAAGAUCAGGAGGUGUAUGAUUUUAUUGACCCCAACACAGAGGAUGUAGCAGUUCCUGAACAAGGAGAUGCACAUAUUGUAUCAUUUGUCUCUUUUCUUAAGGGAAAAGAAAAAUGUUCUGAAAAAUCUCAGAAAAAUGAAGAAUUGGGAGAUGAGAAAAGACUUGAAAAAGAACAGUUACUUGCAGAGGAAGAGGAUGAUGAUUUGAAGGAAGUAACUGAUUUGAGGAAAAUAGCUGCUCAGUUAUUGCAGCAAGAACAGAAGAACAGGAUUCUUAAUCAUUCAACUUCUGUCAUGAGAAAUAAGCCAAAACAAACUGUGGAAUGUGAAAAGAAUGUCUCAGCAGGUGAAGUUAAUUCACCAUUAUCACCCCUCACAUGGCAGCCCUUAGAAAAUCAGAAGGAUCAAAUAGGUGAACAACAGUGGCCAGAAUCUCAACCUAUAAUCUGGCAGAGUGAAGAAAGGAGGCGGAGCAAACAGAUUAGAAAAGAAUAUUUCAAGUAUAAAUCAACGAGGAAGAGUUCAAGUGGCAAUGGAAAUGAUGAGGCCUAUGACAGAACUGAUGGUUUUUCACAUGGUCCCUUUGGCUUGAAGCCUCGAUCAGCUUUUAGCCGCUCAUCUCGUCAGGAAUAUGGAGCAGCAGAUCCAGGCUUUACAAUGAGAAGAAAGAUGGAACAUUUACGGGAAGAGCGAGAGCAAAUACGACAACUUCGCAAUAAUCUUGAAUCCAGGUUAAAAGUUAUUUUGCCUGAUGACAUUGGAGCUGCACUGAUGGAUGGAGUUGUUCUUUGCCAUUUAGCCAAUCAUAUAAGGCCACGUUCUGUGGCUAGUAUUCAUGUACCAUCACCAGCGGUGCCCAAACUGAGCAUGGCAAAAUGUAGAAGAAAUGUAGAAAAUUUUCUUGAUGCUUGUAAAAAGCUGGGUGUCUCACAGGAAAGGCUGUGUUUGCCUCAUCAUAUUUUGGAAGAACGAGGUCUUGUGAAAGUUGGUGUCACAGUUCAGGCACUUCUUGAACUACCUACGAUCAAGGCAUCUCAGCUUUCAAUGGCUUGAUAUAACAUUUUAAAAUCAUAAGUGUAUAGUUUCACUUAUUUGAAGUGAUUUCACAAUAAAAUCUCAAAUUCAUGAGUAAGAAUGUGCAGUUAAAAGUAGUUUGCCUUAGGUCAAGCCUUAGUGCUUUUAUAAAAUUACAUUAAAAAAUCAAACUUAAACUUUGAAUUACCUAAUCUUCUUUUGGGGGAAAACUGGAUUAAUUUAACAAGAGUUUUUGAUAAAUUCAAAUUCUCUUUUUUUCUACGUCAGUUGAUAACCUUCAUUAUUUUUCAGAAAGCAGAUUGAUACUAAAUUUAAAAUGUAGUUUCAAUUUAAUAGUCAUAUUAGGCUUAAUUUUUUUUACAUCGGAGCAUACUAAUAAACAUCUGGAUAAAGGUAAUCAUUUUUUAGCAAUUUAAAACAAUUCUAUAUUUGAGUUACUUAAUACACUUCUAAUUCUACGUUAUACACAAUUUCUUCAGUCUUUGGUCUUACUUUUUUAGAAAAAAUGAGUAGUAAAAGCAAAACUUUGGCUUUAUUUUAAAUUCUUUUAGUAUUAUAGGUUGGUGCCAAAAUAUUUUCAGUUGUACUGUAGAUUGUUUACAUGUGAAGUGCCUGUGUAAUUGAUGAAUCUCAUAUAUAGUCUUAAGCAUUUUUGCAGUUUUUUUUAUGUAUUAACAGAGUCAAUGGAACUUUAAAAUAUUUUAGUAGAUUUUGUAAGGUCAGUAAUAUGUGAGGAUUUAAAUGUGCCUCACGUCGCGACAUUUGUGGUUUUUUUAGUUAGUCCAUUGCAGUUUUCCUUAAAUUGGUUAUUUCAUGUUGUCAAAAAAAAGUUAAUAUGCUUAAUUUAUGCUAUUUAAUUUUGCAAAACUAAACCAUCUUUUAAAAUGUAUUAUUUGAAAAGUAUUUUAUUUCUGUAUUGAAAAUGUUACACAAAGCAGUAAGGUUUUUGAGAACUAGCAAAGUACGAAUUAUCAAGGACAUUUUGAUAAAUAUCCUGCCAGAGUUUGGGUUUGUAUCUUGACUUUCAGGAACAUUACAUCGGUGCUGCCUUAUCUAUAUUCAGAGAGCAGCAAUUGAGGAAUAGGUUUUUAUUCUAAAUCUGGCCAUUUUUUGGAUCCUGUAAACCUUGUGAUCCUCAAUUAACUUGAUGUUGCAUUAAAUACAGACCAGUCUAUAAAUAUUUCAUGAGAUACUAUGUUACAUAAAGUCCUUGUUUAAUUUAGAGAUGGAUAAAUUUAUGUUGGUAGUGGUGCAGGAAUUUUUCAAAACCACUACUGUAAUGAAUAACUCUGUUUCUUGUAGAAGAACCUUAAUAAUUACUUUUGUAGUAGCCAAGCAAGUAUCAUAUCUUAAAUAUAUGAUCAUUUGCACUUGUUACCUCUUACUAUGGAUGCAACUUAUUAAAAAUGUUGGCCUGGGUAUUUCAAAGGGUGUAUAUAAAAGGUAAAAGUGUGCCAAAUGCUAUAAUAAAGGUUGGUUUAGGAAUAACUCUUCUUGUUUUGAUCGGUUGGCAUGAAGCCAUAUAAUAAAAUUUUGGCUUUAGAACACAGGUGUGUUUUUUACAUCCCCCAAGGAUCAAAUUGGAGCUUUUUAAGUAUUAAAGCUUUUUAUGACUAAAACAUUGAAUAAUUAAAUUAUGAGUAAUUUAUUACUUUAAAUAUUUGAGCUAAUUAGUUGUUAUUUUUCAGUUGAAUCAAAAAAAAAAACCCAAAAACUAAAAAAAACAAACCUCAUUGACAUAAUCAGCCUCCCUAGAGAAAACUUGGGUAAUACAGGUAAAAAUGGCAAAUAAAUAACUAGUUGAUGAGUUUUUAAUGUAGAAAUUUGACAGUGUUACAAAUUAAGUGACUGUUAAAAACUACAGCAGUCAUUUGUGCUACUUUCAUAGUUAUUGUGCUCUAGAACUCAGUAACCAAUUUAGUGUUUGUUAUUUUACAAAUAAUUUCCUGUUUCAUAUCAUUGAAAUAGUAGUGAAGUUGUAGGCAUUUCCUUAUUGCAUUUUACUUACUUGUCACUUAAUUAUUACUUUAAAGAGAAAAUACACCAGAACUACACUGUAAUAUUCUUACUACAAAGCAAAAUUCCAUUUAAGAUGGGUCCAUCUGUGGUUCAUACCAUGGCAGUUCAUUUACUAUUGUGCCAACCAGCCGGCAGCACCACCUCUAAAGUAGUUUCCCAGCAUAGUCUCCAAGGACAUUAUGCCAAGGCUCUGAUGUAUUUCUUUCAGUAGUUUUUAAGUGUAAAAUUUAUCCUAAAUGUUUUUAUGGUUAUUUUAUAUUUACUUUGUUAGUUAUUGAAUUAAGAAUGACUAUCAUUAUUUGAAUGGGAUUUGUGACCUAAAAUAUUUUAUUAGGCCCUGAAAAUUCAAUAGAUAGCUAUUUCUGUUAAAUUUUAUUACUGUAUGGCACAAGAAAGAAGUGAUGUUGGAUAUAUUAGAAUUGAAGUAAGGAGUAAAAUGCAUUAUUACUAUUUGUUUAAUAAUUAUCUUUACAGAAUGCUAGUUUAAUGACUUUUCUAAUUGAAUUUUUUGAAGAAUUCAGAAGUGUUUGUAUUGGUCACAGAUCUAUCAUAAUUGAUUUUCUGAUGCAUUAAAAAAUAAAUGGAACACUAAAUGUAAAUUACCGAUGCAAACUGUGGAUAAAGUUGAACGAAAAAAUUUAA